AUGGUGAAACCUCCAAAAGUGGCGACGAAGUCGUCCAAACGUUAUAGAUACUCCUCUUUCAAAGAUAAAAUCGAUAAUCUCCGGAUCGAGCCAGCGAGGGAUUUGAGCAAGAGAGUACAUGACCAUGUGGAGACUUCACAUUUUUUGGCUUCCUUCGAGCAUUGGGAAGAUAUCAAUUUGAGCGCAGGUUUUACGUCCUUCACGGAUGAUGUAAGGCCCCUGGUUCAGACCCUUCCUCAACUUUUGUUUCACGAAGAUCAGGUAUUUGACCAUUUGCAUGACAAGAUUUCUCUGCACGAUGAACACUCCCUUCAGCCGCUAUUGGAUCUUUUGUCGCAGUUUUGUCACGAUCUGGGGCCAGACUUUAUGAAGUUUUACGAGAAAGCGAUGCGCAUGCUGACGAAUCUACUUGAUGCAGCGAUACAAUUUGAAUCCUCAAAUGUGUUCGAAUGGGUCUUCAAUUGUGUCGCCUACAUUUACAAGUACCUCUCUCGAAUUUUAGCCCAAGACCUUCUUCCUACUUUCAACCUUCUUUUCCCUAUUUUAUCGCACAGAAAAGAAUACCUCUCGCGGUUUUCGGCUGAAGUACUUUCCUUUUUAGUCAGGAAGACGAAACAGAAAAGCUUAGAGCACUUUGUUAACAAUACAUUCGAGCAACUUCGAGGAGCUGAGGACGAAAGCAUCUAUGACGGUCUUCGAGUGCUUUACACGGAGGCCCUCAUUUCAAAAGGUGAGUCUUUGCACUCAAAGUUCGAGCUGAUGAUGGGUGUUCUUAUACGAGCAGCACUUCAAAGUACAGGGAAUCCAAGCUGUAUUUCGCUCAUGGCUGAUGUCAUCUUAAAUAUUGUGAGGCACGCAUCCAUCGAGAACGCGUCACAGGUUUAUGAUAUAACCCUAGCGGCUAUUGAUGCGUACUUGGAUGAUUCUUCAGUGAAUGUCAAUUGCACUGUUAGGCUGCUGACGUCGCUAUCCUUCGCUGAAAGCGGCAAAAAGACCUCCUCUUGGUCAAACUUAAUCGCUAGCGUCAACAAAGUUGUUGGGCAUCCCAAUGCUGACACCAUAGCCCCUGAGGAUCUGGCACUUCUGUUCUGUUUCAUAUUAAGAAACGCAGCACUUCCUGACCUUGCACAGUGUCAUAGGUUGUUCUUCUCUAUUUAUCUUGAAAAGUUCACCGACGACUUCCUGGGGUUUUUCAGAUUGGCCUUGAAAUACGACAAGGACCGAGUUCUUUCAUUUGGAGGUGCUAAGUCAUUGCAAAGGUUUAUUAACAUGUCUUGGCGCACCCAGUCUAAAAAAAUCGCACUUUUCUUCGUGGAACUAGGAAAGGAGCAGUCUUUACUCAAGAUUCUAAAUCCAUCGAUUCCAAAGGAGUGCGCUCAGAGUUUACUUUCCGAAAUUACACAAUCGGAAAUGACAAAAAGCGACUCUCUUUAUGAUUUGUUCUGGAAGUUGCAACUACUAAAAUUUGAUGAUAGCUACAACUUAUCAGCAUUGGAACCAAUUGUAUCAAUGCUGCUAGAAAAACAUCAUCUGGACGAUUUUGAGAAAGAUGUCAUUGGGAUGGUCUUACAAUCAUUGACGGUUCAAAACAACGACCAACUGAUAGGCAUAUUGAAGUCAGCUUUCCUUAAUGUCGAAAAAGUGCGGAAUAGUAGGCUAUGCCUUGAAGGUAUACGUCGCAUUGUUGACCUAAUUAUAUCUUCAGAUGAUAAGGUUCUCUAUCAGGGAGAUCAGCAAGUACUGAUCAUACUUGCAAACAACUUAAGUCUCCCCGAGGACAAAAUAAGAUACGAGACUAUUAAACUCAUCAUCAAAGUUAUGGAACUACAGGGCCAAGAGAUUCCCCAAAUAUUCAGUGACUGUAGAUUGAUUGAGGAGAUACCUCGCAAUCUUCAAACGGCGCGAGAUGUGACCAUGCGACUCAAGGCAGCGGGCGACGAUUUUGCGCGAAGUCCUCCGGAUGUGCUGCUAUGCCACUUUUUCCUUCAUUAUCUUUUUGGCAGUCUAACAGUGAGAUUUUCACCGGCAUGGGAAGGCGUUUACCAGAUCUUACCAAACGUAUUUGAAAAAGAUCAGCAACUUACAUGGAGACUGUUUUUGGAAUUCAUGGAUGCAUUAGAUAGCAAUUUCAGGCUCGAAUAUUAUACACCGCAUAGCGAGCUAGACGUACCCAAAGAAAUCGGAUGGUCGGUAAGUGUUACAAGAUUAAACGAUGCAUUACUUGGUUGUAAAGAGAUCUUUGAGUCAUAUUCUCUCGUUGACCUCUCACUUGUAAAUCUUUCCAAAGAAGCAAGAAGUGACUUAACUUACCCAGGUCUUAUCCGUAACCAAGCGUUAAGAGGGCUUCUUCUGGUCCCCCAGUUGGCCGAACGCCAUUCCAGAGAUAUCGUUCCGUAUUUCUUAAAAACAGAUCACGCAAGCAGCGAACUCACUGAGGAGAUCAUCGAAAGAGAGUCAAGCGCACCAAACACAUGGUCGGAAGAUGACCGCAAACUUCUUUUGCAACUGAUGGGAAAAUUUAAAAACAUCAAGGCUAUUUUCAGAUCCGAGGAUGUUUAUUCAAGAUUCAUGGAUCUGCUCGGCAGUAGAACUACAGAAAUUCAAAAGAUGGCUCUAGACGGCCUUUUGGCGUACAAAGAGAAAGCCGUCACCAAAUAUAGGGAUAACUUGAAAAAUCUGCUUGAUGACAAUGCCUUCAAAGAUGAGUGCCUGAACCUUUUGUCGAACAACGAAAAGCCCAUAGUUGACGCAGAUGACGGAACAUCUGUGAUGCCUAUUGUUUUACGUAUACUCUUCGGCAGAGCCCAAACGCCGGUGACUAGUGGUCUCAAGAAAAGUAGAAAGACAGCGGUUAUUACCCUCCUACCAAGUUUGGCUGAGAGAUAUGUUGUCGACUUUUUGAAGCUUGCAAGUCAAGGCCUAAAUUAUCAAACCUUUUUUCAGGACGGUCUCAGUUUAGACCCCGCCGAAAUCAGCAGCUUGUCACUUAGAAGAAUGACCGGUUUUGUAACGCUUGGCCAGGCGGCAGUGAGUGCUUUGGGUUCACGCUAUCCGAAUGCAACAACUGUGCUCAUCAAUCCAGUGCUUUACGCAAUCUAUGCUUCCAACGUAGUAUCAAGCGGCAAGACCGAGAAAGACUACAUGUUAAAGCAGGCUACCAAUGUCAGACAGCUAUCUAUGAAAUUAAUCCUCAACGUAUUUUCGUCCGUUGGAGAUUAUGUUGAUUGGACCGAACAGGUCCCGAAAUUUCACAAACUGAUUGUUGAGCCCAGGCUUCCAAACUUCGCCGAUGAGAAUCUUCAGAAGCCGUCUGCUCUGCUGACACUGAUAUCCCUAUGGGCAACAAAUACACGGUUCUACAAAUUUUUGUACUAUCAGCAGUGCUCCAUCGCGGGUGCACUAAUGGAGCUUCUCUCGAGAUGCAACGCGAAAGAAUCAGUACUGACCAUGGUUUUGAGUUUUUCUAAUCAACUGAUAAAGAAUCCAACAGAAGAGAGCGAGUACGUCGAUCUUGUAUCGCUCGUAGCUUCUUCCUGUCUAAGAACACUUCCUAAAAUUCUAAACGUGAGUAACAGCCAAGAGACCGUCACAAUAUCUCUGGACCUGCUUUUGAACCUCAUAGACGCUGGCUAUGUCCACGAUAACGAGACAAAGAAAUAUCUCAUAAACUCCCUAGCUUGUAUUCUUGAUGAAGGACUGAAAGGAAUUCGUAAAUCAGAUGCCGUUAAAGUCAUGCAGUCUAUUUCAUUUUUGUUGGAAGACUACACAUGCGAAUGGAAUGAGAUUGAAAGUCUAUACAAAUCAUGUUCAAAGCUUUACCGAACGUCUCCUGAUAAAGAAUUGCGGAUGUCGGUUAAUGCUGUGUUUCAGGCUAUGGCGCGCAUUUUUGAAGGACUGCAGCGGGUUGCUAAUUUGCUGAGUGACCUUAACGCUUAUUCUAUCAAGCGAAUGGAAACAUACGAUUUCGAAACUGUUUUGCCCACAUUCAAAAAGCUGGAUGGCGGCGAUUGUAUGUUACUCAAUGAAACAGAGUGGAUCCCAGUACUGAACACUUGUCUGUACUACAUCAGAAAUGAAGAAGAACUUGCCCUUAGAACGAAUGCGUCCCAUACGUUGAAGCGUUUUAUGGACUUCGUCAAUGCCAAACCCUCUAUUGAUGAUGCACGGGCGGCUGUCGAGCUAGUUACGGCUGAUUUGUUGCCAGAAAUAAAAAUUGGGUUACGUCACAAAAAUGCCGACGUUCAAGCAGAGUUUGUUUCGAUUACGGCCUAUAUCAUCGGACAUUCUAAGUACUACGGGGAGCUAGAUGAUAUGAAGGUGCUGCUGUAUGAAGGCGAUGAUGAAGCCAACUUCUUCACAAACGUUGUUCACAUUCAAUUGCACCGUCGUCAGCGGGCGAUAAAAAGAUUAGGUGAGAGUGCUUCUAACCUGGCAGCGGAUAGCAUUGCACAUUUUUUAAUACCCAUGAUCGAACGAUACGUCUACUGUACGGACGAAAAGUAUCGGAAUAUUUGCAACGAAGCGAUCUCGGCCAUCGGCCUUCUUUCUCAUUUUGUUACUUGGAGUCAAUAUAAGGCCCUCAUGAGAAGGUUCAUCAGUUCUUUCGAAUCCAAGCCGCAGUUUCUGAAAGAAAUUGUAUCUCUGGUGGUACACUGUUCUAAGGCGUUGAGUCUUUCUAUGGAUGCCGUGAGAAAUCCGGAGGGAAGAACCGUGACGAUCAAAAAGCUUCCCAUAACCCUAUCAGACCCCGAAACCUUCGUAAAGGAAGAGAUUUUUCCUAAGCUCAUGAAGAUUCUCAACACACGGGACGAAGAGACAAUUGUGGCGAGAAUCCCGCUUUGUGAGGCCCUCGUGAACUUUACUUUAGGUUUAGACGUUGAUGAACGCUCUAGACUUUUACCAGGGGUGUUGAGCAGCGUAUGUCAAGUAUUGAGAAGUCGUUCAGAAGAGCUGCGAGAGGCGGUGCGUAAGAACCUUGCAAGUGUGUCUGUGAUUCUUGGACAUGAGUACCUCACUUUCAUUCUUAAGGAGCUGAAGAGUGCACUCAGAAGAGGGUCUCAAAUACACAUUUUGAGUUAUACAAUACACUCUAUCUUGUCCGCUCUUUCAGCCAAACUAAACCCCAAAGAUUUGGAUUCAACAGCAAAAUUGAUUGUUGACGUUAUUAUGGAGGACACCUUCGGCACUGCUGGUCAAGAGAAAGAUGCCGAGGGCUAUACUUCAAAAUUGAAAGAGAUUAAAUUCAACAAAAGCUACGACACUGCGGAGAUCAUUUCGUCUAACAUUUCAUUGGCGUCAUUUGUCCAUCUGCUUCAUCCAAUAAAAGCUCUGCUCACAGAAAAUCUGGGUCUGAAAAACCAACGCAAACUCAAUGAACUGAUGAGAAGAUAUUCACUCGGCCUUAAUCACAACGUUGCUAGCGCUUCUACGGAUGCUUUGGUUCUAUGUUAUGAGAUAUUCACGCAAUCAACUGCAGAAGUUCAGGAUGCGGCUAGCGGCAGGAGACGUCAAAAGCAUAGCACUUUCUUCCUUGUUAACCUAAACGCCAGAAAUGACAAAGUACAGACGGAAUUGAAAUCCAAUAACUCCAUUUUGAGAAAAUUUGCGCUAGAUCUCCUGAAGACAAUUCUAAUGAGAAAUGUGAGUCUCUUGGAGGCGGCCUAUCUUGAAAAUUUCACCCCUCUUUUGCAGGAGGCUCUCGAGGCUGACGAGGAGGAAGUUCUGAUAAGCACUUUGCGCGUCUUGAUAAUUUUGGUGAAGUUAAAAUUCACAGAGAAACAUGAAGGUAUUUUCAAAAACUGUGCAAGAAAAGUUUUGACAGUGAUACGCGACUCACCAUCCACUUCUAGUGAACUUUGCCAGGUAAGUCUCAAGUUUCUCUCCUCUUUGAUUAGGCAUAAGGAUAUUGAGCUCAAAGACACGGCUUUGAGUUAUAUUCUGGGAAGAAUCAAGCCAGAUCUAAAUGAGCCUAACAAACAAGGACUGGCCUUCAAUUUCAUUAAAUCAUUGGUCCUCAAGCAUAUCGUCCUUCCUGAACUUUAUGAUGUCGUUGAUGCAAUUGCGGAGAUAAUGGUAACGAACCACUCGAAAGAAAUUAGAGACGUCUCCCGAAGCGUUUACUAUCAGUUCUUGAUGGAAUAUGACCAAAGCAGAGGGAGGUUAGAAAAGCAAUUCAAGUUUUUGGUUUCAAAUCUCGAAUAUCCAUCCCAAGAAGGCCGCCAAUCAGUGAUGGAGCUCAUCAAUUUGAUUGUCAGCAAAUCAGGAAUGGAGCUAUUGCUGCGUAUAUCUUCGUCAUUCUUCUUAUCGCUGUCUAAUGUCGCUGCCAAUGAUACAUCCCCACGUUGCCGUGAAAUGGGCACGGCCUUACUGAAAAAUCUUCUGGCGAGGCUUGGGCAAUCCAAUGUGAGUCCCUUGGAGAAAUACAUAAUGGCAUGGUUAAAGCACGAUGAUUCGAUUUUCGUAGAACUUGGUCUGAAAAUUUACAAGAUUCAUAUGGACGCCUUAGCUUUCAGCGAUGAUAAUCGCUUAGAUUCCUUCGCCAUUUCGAAGGCUAAACGCAUUGUGUCUGGAAGCACUGUUGGAUCUACUGUCGAGUGGAACUUGAUUUACACAGCGCUGAACGUUUUGAACACUUAUGUGGAAAUCGAACAAGACAAGGUCAUAAUUGAAGAUAGUGACAUGUGGUCGAGCACGGUAGACUCUCUGUUAUAUCCUCAUCCGUGGGUCAGGUUGAUCAGCAGCAAAAUGGUUAAAAAAUAUAUCCAAAAGAAAGAGGAUAGCGGCAGUUCUCUUCCAGCAUAUGAAUUUCAGAAGAUUGCGUACCGAUUAUUCCACCAACUUGGAGCCCCUUCCGUAUCAGAGUCCCUGGCGUCUACUGCCGUGUCGAUUCUGGUCGUCGUUCUGCGCAAAUGGAUCGCUGAGAAGACUGCAUUUAUAACCAAGGAAAAUGAGGAUGUCAAGUAUGACACAGCUGUCCAAUUCGCAUUAGCAAGAAUAGGUUCCGUGCUCAGAGAUGAAGAGAAUCUCCGUGAAACCUUUGUAUCCAAGAAAGCCUCUAUACAACUAUUUGGUUUGAUUGUGGGAAUGAUGGAUGAAACUGAAUUAAAAUCCGUGGCAGCGGUGAUCAUACUGCCUCUGUUCAUGUACUUGGAGGACGAUAGAAGAAUUGUCGAUGAGCAAGCUCAAGAGCUCCAAACAUUGUCACAAGAGUGUCUAGAAUUACUGCAAAACAGGCUUUCAGUUUCUGAUUUCAGUUUUGCGUACUCUAAUGUCAAGCAAGAAAUCACCCGUCGUAGGAAUGAGAGGAGGGCUAAACGAGCGGCAUUAGCUGUCACGGCCCCGGAAGCUGCAGCAAGAAGAAAGUUGAGAAAACAUGCUAGAUCAAAAGAAAAAAGAAGGCAUGAAAAGGAUGACAGCGGCUUUUAUCGUGCCAAGAACAAAAAAAGCAGAAUAUGA